GUUUGACAUAGCAACGGAUAUUCUGUCAAGGUGUCUCUCUAGCAUUUGUUCUUAAUACCGUUGUGGUUUUGAUCACUAAAAUGGCUGUGACUUUUGGACUCUCGUUGAGUGUUUCUUGGAUUUGCUGUCUGCUAAUUGGAGGGAUAACUUGUUUUACACUUAAAGGUAAUUCUAAUGGGCAUCAUGCCUACACUGGACCUGAACCAACUGGAUCCUAUGCCAAAGCAAGUGUGGUGCCUAGUCCAAAUGCUAAAGCUACUGGCCACAAUGCCACGUCAGCAGAAGCUACUGGCCACAAUGCCACGUCAGCAGAAGCUACUGGCCACAAUGCCACGUCAGCAGAAGCUACUGGCCACAAUGCCACGUCAGCAGAAGCUACUGGCCACAAUGCCACGUCAGCAGAAGCUACUGGCCACAAUGCCACGUCAGCAGAAGCUACUGGCCACAAUGCCACGUCAGCAGAAGCUACUGGCCACAAUGCCACGUCAGCAGAAGCUACUGGCCACAAUGCCACGCCAGCAGAAUCUACUGGCCACAAUGCCCCGUCAAGUGUGAAGUCCGGCGCCUCAGCAGAAGCGUCCGGCCCCGGCGCCUCAGCAGAAGCGUCCGGCCCCGGCGCCUCAGCAGAAGCGUCCGCCCCGCGCCUCAGCAGAAGCGCCCGCCCGCGCUCAGCAGAAGCGUGCCUAAAGAAUGCGAGUGCAGUUUACCUCAUCGUCCCAUUGCUUGUCACUAACCUGUCCCAGGGACGCUAA